UAUCUGUUUCUUUGGGAACGUGCUUCUCUCAACAGUCAGUAUGCCGUGCCAAGUUACCCGAACAUCCCUGGCUUGGAAACAUUUUCAGGGAAGGUCAUCCACAGUCACGAAUACCGCCACCCGGAGGAUUUCAAGGGCCAGACGGUGGUCUUGUUCGGUGCUGGAUUCUCUGGCCGUGACAUCUGCGUGGAUCUCCACACCUUCGUGGACAAAAUAUAUCUCAGUCAUCACAUCCCGAACCUCGACGCCUUGCUUCCUGAUAACCUGCGACAAGUCCCGGAUAUAAAGUCCAUAGACAAGGGCCGCGUGGUGUUCACAGAUGGGCAAAGCGUCGAGGCCGAUGUGCUGAUGUUGUGCACAGGAUACCUCUACGACUUCCCGUUCUUGACGCCGGAGUGCGAAGUUGUCGUAGACCGGAAGAGGAUAUCGCCGCUGUAUAAACACAUCCUGCACACCAAGCACACCUCGCUGUCUUUCAUUGGGGUUGUCUGGACUAUCAGCCCCUUCCAGUUACUAGCAUGCCAGGUACGGUUUGCCAUGGCUGCCUUAGACGGCACUAUGGUCCUACCCAGCAGGACGGACAUGGACGCCGACGCGCAAUGUGAUUACGAGUAUCGUCGCGACGAGUUGAAGUACCCACAUCACUACGCUCACAAGAUGGACCACUUGCAGUGGGAAUACGACAAGGAGCUUCUACGGCUAGCCAACGUUGUGGAUGACGACGGGGCCACUUUACCUCUCUUCAAGGAGCUUUAUGACGCGACGAACUGCUUGCAAACUGAGGACCUUGUCAACUAUAAGAAGCGCAUCAUUGAGAUAUCUGACGACUGGACUAGCUGGCAGGUUUUGUAACCUUCCAUUUAAAUUUUGUUGGAAACCUGAACCAUUUAAAUGUACAAGAGACCAGUCACGAAGACUUUUACGAAGCACAAACUAAUCUGACAUUUUAAAGGCCCAUUUCAAAGGUGGAGGCAUAGUGCCAGCUAGGUCUGUCAUGAGGCAGUUGCUUUGUACAAUGCUUUCGCCAUUGAAGGGGGCCUACAUGAUAAUAGUGUGCUUCAAUAGGUCUAUAAUGUACUUGGUAUACCUGAAUUUGCGUAAAAACAAAUUUAGGUUUGAGUGUACAACAGUGGAAUUUUGGAGAAAACAGGAACUUUUUGAAAUUGAAAAAAAAUUAAAGAGUAACUUAAUGUUCCUCUUAUGCAAGGAAACAAUAAUAUUGAAUGAAGUAAGUAAUACAAAUUUGACUUCAGAUUUCAAUUUCGAUUUUUGUAUUCAUAAUAUAAAUUACUUAUUCCCUCUGUUCUCAAGUGACUACAGAAACAGAGGUUAAAACAACACAAUUGUAAAAAUAUGUCAUUUCACGACUUUUAAGUUUUAUAAAUAUUUAUAAUGAGUAUGCUGCUUGAUUAUAGUGACUAACCCUCCUUAACUUCAACUUAAAACUAUCACAAACUGUCACAAAAUCUAACCCCCACUGCUCUUGACAGUUUUUGUACAAGCUGCUCUCCAACAGCCACAAAUCCCUAUGGAUCCAACUGUCAGAGCCUAUUGAAGUGGUUUGGCAGAUAGUAUGACCACUGAUGCAGGUAGCAGCCAUUUUAAAAUUGUCAAUUGUACCAUUAUGAGGGCAAUUGGCAGAUUUGGUGAAAUCUGUCACCUAAUGUUUUGUUUUUGAUAUGUAGGGCAAUGCUCUGCAAAUUGUCACUGAGCACAGGAGGGUUAGCUAAUGAGUGUAAUACAAAUGUAUCUAUUGCAUAUAUAUUUUAAUGGAAUUUUAUGAUGAAACAAAUGUAAAAAAUAAAGCUUAAUAUUUCCCCCAAAACUUA